CGUUGGGGAGUUUCCAGUCAAAAUGAUUCAGCUCGCCUAACAGAAUACAGUGUCCUUCACUGAGGGACGCUCAGGGAUUAUUACGGGGAAUGGAGAUUGUAAUACUUGUUUCAUUAUUGUCUCUGUAUUGUGACGUCACCGAUGCUGAGUGCCUGGUGAUCAGUCCUGCCAGGCUGGUGGUGAAGUAUGGAGACCCAGCCUCCUCUAACUGCAGCUCAGAUACCCCUGUAGAGAUGGGCUGGGAAGCCACCCAGGGAGGAGUUGGUCUAACAGACAACAAGGUGAAGAUCCUAAACUGAAGGCGGACCGUGUGACUGACUGGAAGAUCAAACCUUCAUGCUUCACAGAAGGAGGCCAGUGUCAGAAACAGCUGAACAUCACAGUUUAUAAGCUUCCAGACAGUGUCUCCAUCAGCUACAGGAAGUACCCUGAUCCGAUGGUUGAGGGGCAUCAGUACCUGCUGCAGUGUCUUGUCCAGAACAUCGCUCCUAUUGGGAGACUCAGGGUGACCUUCUACAAAGUCAGUGCCACUGGUGAACAGACAGAAUUAGACACACAACAUAAAUCCAAGGACAACAUCAAGACACCAGAGAAUGGGACCUACACCCUGGACUUCACCCCUGGUAGAGAUGAUGACGGGGCCCAGUUGUUGUGUUCAGCCAUGUUGGAUCUGGGACCAGAGGGACCCCAACCUCCUCCUGUAAUGGACUCAAACCGCCUCAACAUCAACGUGCACUACAAGCCUCAGAUCACUAGUCCUGGAUGUUUCUCCAUGAGCAUCACGGAGGGCGACACCCUAUCACUUAACUGUAGUGCAAAUGGUAACCCUGCCCCCUCGUACAAUUGGUUGCUCUCCCAUGCCGACCCCAACACCAUGGAAGAGAGAUCCGUAGUGACCAUCACCAACAUAGCCAAGUCUCACUCUGGAGAUUACACCUGCAUCGCCAGAAACCUCCUGGGAAACAGCACCUGUACUGUUAACGUGGAGGUCACAGUGGACUACCUGCCCAUCAUUGCAGGGCUGGCUGCAGCUGUGGUGGUGAUCCUCUUGGUGAUCUCCUGUUUCAUCUACUCCUCUUACUAUAAACACAGGCGCAUGGGCCACUACCAGCUGAAAGACAUGUUGCCACGACGACACAAGAACAAACACGUGGUGCAACACAACGGAAUGGACCAGUCCUUUAUGUAGAGGAGGGGUUGGGGUCAGAGCAUGUGAGCCGAGUUGAGCGGUUAGAAAUCCUGAUGAGUGGGUGUGGCUCUCCACGUCCUUUCCUACCGCUCCCUCACAGAAAAAAAACACCGCUCCAAAAUCACUCCAUUCAUUUAUAUCACAAUUUAAAUCACAAUUGAAUCUAUUUUUUUGACUACCUGGACCUACCAAUUGUUUAAGUAUUGAAACCAAACAAUAUGGAUCUGAAUGAAAUGUAUUUGAAUAAACAUGAAAUGAUGAACAUGA